UUUGACACUUGUAUCUCCAGGACGACCAACAACAAAAAAGCUGGGGCUGGGACAGCAGCUGGCUGUCAGCAGCAGAAGCCGACGCUGAGGAAAGGUGCCCAGGGGACCAGCAGCGGGACAGAAAAGCAGUGUCCAAGAAGACAGAACAAGGUGGCCAAGGGCCCGGAAGGCACGCAGAGGCUUUGUACUGGGACACUCCUUCUUGGCUCCCCAAUACCUCUGUUUCCAGCCCGCAGGAGCUUUGGCAGGAGCGCGUACAGCAUGGCGGCCAUGGACUUUGUACAAGAGAUGCGCUCUGUGGGUGAGAGGCUGCUGCUGAAGCUUCGAGGACUGUCGCAGGCUGAGCCAGUGGAGCUUGUGGCUUUCUCCAUCAUCGUCCUUUUCACAGCCACUGUUCUGUUGCUGUUGCUGAUAGCCUGCAGCUGCUGCUGCGCACACUGCUGCUGCCCUGAGCAGAGAGGCAGGAAGGUCCAGGUACAGCCCAUGACCCGGCCAUGAGGGGCGGUGGAGAUACCAGAAGAGAAGCUGGAAAGGAGACUACCACAGCCAUGACACAAGCUGUCAGCUUGGGCCUGCAGUUCUUGCCUCUCCAGACAAGGAUACCCUGGCCUCAGCUCUGGUCCUGUCUAGGUGCCAGGACACUGAUACCUGGAGCCUUAUCAAGAACAAGGGCUGGUACAAAAUUCUAUCUGCCAGUGGACCCUGGAUGCUGAGGAAGACCUGACUGUUUCAGACUCAGUAAGUCACCUGAGUCCUUUGCCAACCUGCACUUUUUACAGAACAAGGACACAAGGGUCUUCAUUCUUUGAUGGGGAACAGCCCACACAUGUGGGCAGCUAGCCCUUAGGGUUCUGCUGAUCCAUGCCAAAGAGGAGUGAGCUAAUCAGAGGGAUUUUGUGCAACAGCUAUAGGAUCCCAGGUUCCCUUAGAGGGGAAACAUGUUUAUUUCUAAGUAAAAGCUUUUUGGUUAUGUGUUUCUGAGGUUGGCCUGGGCUCCAUGAAACAGAAGGGCAGUCCCACAAUUCUAGGGGUGUGGCCAGUGACUGUUUUUAUAGGCCACAGCCCCACCCUCCCCCCACCCCCCAGCCAUGAAAGCUGGAAAAUUACCCAGGAAGAAUACCAUGCAGGCAGCAAUGCCAUGAAAUCAGUGGAGCUGCAUGGAAACAUUCCUGUCAGCUGUUAACAAGCACUGGAUGCUGGAUGCCUACUCUGCUAAGUGUUGGAGGCUGUUUGCCUCAGGACAGGUGUUAGGCCCAGUUAUGCCAAAGCCUGUAACUUCUACCUGCAUACUCCGUACUAGCAGGCAGGCCACUGGAUCUUUCCAAACUUCUGGAGAGGAGAAAGGUUAGCUCCUAGUAUUGUCUGUAACCUGCAUCCUGCACCUUUGUUCUUGUCUCCAUUUGUAUGAUGACUGGGCUCACACCUACAUCUUCCACUUGUCAGCUGUAUGACUCAAUCUCCCUGAGUCAGGUCUCCUCCCUAGUAAAACGGGCUAAUCCUGGUUCUUGCUUCCUGGGGUAACUUGUGAGGAUAAACUAAAAUGACCUACGUCUAGCAGUUAACACAAUGUUGGCAUGUCCUAAGAGCUCCAUAAAUACGAACUGUCAUUAUUUGCCCCUUUAAACAAUCGAUCAACCUAGAGUAUCAUGGAUCCACUCUAAAGAAUGUUCCUGCUGAAGUGCAAUCUCCUUCUGGCCUCCCACCCUUUGGUUUUCUUUUCUAGAGGCAGAGCUACAAACUCAGAAAUGGGGGAAGCAGAGGCACACAAAUGUAAAGCUCUACACAUGCCACUGGGACUGGGCCAGAGCCUUCACCAGGCUUCCUUCUAACUGUCCAGAACCAUCAUACCAGGAUCUAUAACUUUUUACAUUCUCUGCCAUCUGUGUCUGCACAGUACAUGCUCUAGUAUUCUGAGAGCACAACCCUGUCUACCUAGAAAACAGGUCAUGGAGAGGAUGCCAGGCCCUGCCAUCUUCAUUUGGCAAUCCAGGCCAUGAAGGCAGGGACAAGUAGGUAGGAGGAGCUGUCAUUGGCUCAUUCCACUUCCUGGUGUUUACUGACUCUCCUGACAGGUUUGGAUUAAAGACUCAGAGAGGAAAAGUUUCCAUACAAAAAAAGAAUAAAGAGGGCCAGGGAUUUAGCUCAGUGGUUCUGCUGCCU